AUGAAAAAUUUCCAAGAGUUAUGCUUGAACCUAUUAGAUUGGAGGGAACAAAUAAGUAGAUAUUUCUUGAAAGUAAGGGAAUGUUACGAUGAGUAUGUAAGAAACCUAGAAGAAAUUAUGAAACUUAAAACUUAUAUUAAUAAAGACGAAGACCUUAACGAGUUCUUUUAUGAAAAUAUUGAAAGUUUGAAUAUAAAAAGAAUUUCUUAGCAUUAUUUAGGAAGCUUCUUCAGAAAGGCUUAAAGCCGCUUCAGAAUAAAAGUGGAAUGCAUAGAUAUCUAUAGAAAUCUUUUAAAGCUAGAAGAACCAUAAAUUGGUAAAAGAAAAGCCGAUAGUAGUUUAAGUAACUAAAGCAGUCCUUAAAAAAGAACUAAGCAUUCUUCAAUUGAUAUAUUUGAGAGUUUUAGCUAAAUCUCAGCUGCGCUUAACUUUAAUGAGUAUGAAAAUCUACUGAACAAAAAUCACUUAUUUUACCCAAAUUAAUCAAGUUUUAACUCAACCAGUUAAGAUGUUUCAAGCUAUAAACCAGAAAAUAAUAACAAUACUUAUAUCAUUAGUGCCUUUAACCUAGAGGACAACUAUUAGAAAUCCAUAAUACCCCUCAAUCCUGAAGAUUAAGAAAAUCAUCGAUAAUUAAUUGAUAAAAAUGCUUUCGCUAGGUAAUAAGAAUUUUUUAGAAGAGUUAUGGAUGAUGAUUCCGAUAAUAAUUGUGAUGAUUGGUCUUAAAACUCAUUAAAAAAGUAUAUAUCGUCUCCAAGAGAUAGAUCAGCCCCAAUCUUUGAAGAAACUUAUUUCUAAAUUCAUCAAAAUUUGUGUUGA